CUGUUAGGUCCCCAUUCAAAGGCACUACAAAAAUGAAGAGUUUUUUGUUAGGUUGUGUGGCGAUUGUAGAGAAAAAUAAACCAUAUGUUGCAAUGCUGUUCAUUCAGUUCGUGUAUGCAGGAAUGGCCUUGUUGUCUAAGGCUGCAAUUUCCAAGGGAAUGAGCCCUUACGUGUUUGUUGUUUAUAGACAAGCCUUUGCAACAGUUGCCUUAUCUCCAUUUGCAUACUUUGACAGCAAGCAAUCAGCUCCUUUGUCAUGCAACUUCUUGUGCAAAUUGUUUCUAGUUUCCCUUGUUGGGUUAACGGCGAGUUCAAACCUUUACUAUGUUUCAAUCAACUACACCACUGCAACAUUUGCUGCAGCCUCCACAAACACUGUCCCUGCCAUUACCUUUAUCAUGGCUGUUUUAAUAAGGGUUGAAGUCAUUUCCAUAAAACGUGUGCAUGGACUGGCCAAGGUUUUGGGUUCUAUUCUAAGCCUUUCUGGGGCAAUUGUAUUUGCUUUAGUCAAAGGACCUCCCUUGGGAUUCAUGAAAUGGUAUUCAGAAAAUCAGAACCAUAAUUCUCACCCUUUGGCAAUUGUUCACUCCAAAGGUGAUUUCAUUAGAGGCUCUCUUAUGAUGCUCUCAGCAAACACUACAUGGUCCUUGUGGCUCAUCUUGCAGGGUUUUGUUGUAAAGCAGUACCCAGCUAAAAUUCGUCUCACUACCCUACAAUGCUUCUUUAGCUUCAUGCAGUCUUCUGUUGUGGCUGUUGCAGCAGAGUGGAAUAAUCCUUCAGCAUGGAAGCUUGGAUGGGAUAUUCAUCUUCUCUCUGUGGCAUACUGUGGUGUAAUUGUAACAGGCAUUUGUUAUUGGCUGCAAGUGUGCACAAUAGAGACGAAGGGACCAGUUUUUACAGCAAUGUUCACCCCUUUAGCUCUUAUGAUCACAGCAAUUUUCUCAGCACUUUUGUGGAAGGAAACACUCUACUUGGGAAGUGUUGGUGGCACUAUUUUACUAGUGGUUGGACUCUAUAGCGUACUAUGGGGGAAGAGCAAGGAGAGUGCAAAGCCACAAAACCUAGAAGCUGAACAAACAAAAGAGGAAACUAGAUUGGAGUGCAUUGUACAACAUUGAUUACACUAAAUUUCAGCAAAAGAUUGAAUGAUCAAACUUGAAAUUUAGCGAAAGCUGUCCUUGCAAGAUGAAUGUCCUUUUUCUGAUGCAUCUUUAUAUUAUGUGUAUAUCUUGUUACUUUUAAUCAGCUGUACUUUUUUUCCCUUCCUUUUUUUACUUUUUUAGAUAAUAUUGGUAAAUAUCUUAUUCCAUGAUAUAAUAUAAUGCUUUACUUUUGCCCU